UCAAAAACGAAAUAUAUUAUAUUGUGUAAAACCGUAAACUCUGAAGUGAGUAAGUGACUGAACCACUGAAGUGUGAUUUGUGAAAAAAAUGUUCGUGUGUAUGUAGCUGUAUAUGUUAAUUCAAUUAUAUUCGAUUGAAACAUUAUCGUUAAUUCAACCACGACUUCGAAAUCGGCCGGUAAAACGAUAUCAGGACGAUUUCAAAAUGAACCCAGACGAAAACGAAGAAGAUACCAAAUAUUGUUUCAACUGCCGAAGAAAUAUUCCACUCAUUAACCAUGUAAUGCACACUGCAUACUGUCACCGUAACCUGAAGCUUUGCAUGAAAUGUGACGAACCGUUCCUAACUUCAGAGUUUGAAGAGCAUCAAAAAACUAUGCACUCAGUUAUUUUAUGCGAUGCCUGUUCUGAAAAACUUGAAGCAAUGGAUUUAGAAUCACAUAAAUUAAACGAUUGUCGUCACCGUAUGCAAACUUGUAACUAUUGUGAGAUUGAUGUAGAAGCUUGCUUGUUACCUGCACAUACAGAUAUGUGCAGUAGUCGUACAGAACGAUGUUAUAGUUGUGGACAAUUUAUCAUGCUUAAGUUUUUGGCUGUACAUCAGGAAACUCAUGAACGCAAAGAAUUACUUAAUGGUGCUAAACCAGUAGUAGACAAUAGUCUAAGCAGUUUAGCAGCAUAUCCGCCAUUAAUAAAAAAAGUGCCAAACAUUGCAGUAACUGCAAGACCAACAACAAGAACUACUAGCAUGCCCACAUUGAGACUACACGAAUCAACCACAACCAAUCACAGGGUAAUGCCACCAGUCAAACGCAACAACGAUCAACCUCAAAUUAAUACAAAUAGCAGUAAUGAUAAUACGCACAAAGAUCCAAAAAAGAAUAUGCCGAUCGUAGAUACGCCAAGUGAUCUAGAUGAUGACGAUGAAGAUGAAUUUCCUACACUUGGUGCUUAUUCAAUUUCUAAUAACCAUUCUGCAAAUAUCAAUAACCAUUUAACAAAUGAAUACAACAAUUAUUCCGAUACACUCGAUAGUGUAAAACUACCAUGCGAGUUUUGCCUGGAAAUGAUUGACUCUGAAAAUCUUGUUUUGCAUGAAACUGGAUGCCGUCCAGAUUUAGCAACAUUUCAUAAUGUUUUGCAAACAAAUAAUAAAAAUACGAACAGCGAGAAUGGUGUGUUUCCAAUACCACCUCAUGAUUUAGACACCUCCAGCAGCAGUGGUGAUAGUGAGCUCAAUUUAAAUACAUUGAGCUUAAGUUCUGAAGAUGAAGAUGAUAGUGAAAAAAUCAAUGUUGAAAAAUUGCCUUGCGAAUUCUGCGAAAAAUUAAUAUCCAUUAAGAAGUUUUUAAACCAUCAAUGGAAAUGUGAAAAACUACAUUUGGAUUUACCUGUGAUAAAUAAUUUUAAUAAAGAUGUGUAUCCGCAACCUAUUAUGAAUACAAAGUUCCCAAAAUCUGUAAACAUACUUGAAACUCAACGUAAUCUAUUCAAAACAACAACUGCCCCAUCUAAUCUAUCUGGUAGAACAUUAACAUUGAGGAACUCUGAAGCUAAUGCUCAAUCUCCAGCAUCAACAUAUGAUCCACAAACGAGACAGAUACUACCACGGGUCAAAUUAAAUAGACAAAAUCCAAGUAGACCAAACAUACCCAUGGAUAAUCGUUAUGUGAACAACUCUGCUCGGAACAACUAUGUUCAGUUUAUAUCCAAUUCAAGAUUAAAUCAUUCAGAGCUGGCCUCGGCAAUUAACAAUUCUCCUGCAUAUCUAAACCCAUCUAGUGGUGCUAUACCGAAACAAAAAAAUAUGAAGUCAAGCAAUAACAGAAGAGUUAUAAAUGACUUAUCAAAGAAGAAACAUAGAGAUUCUGAUUCAUCAAGUGACUGAAUGACAUUCAGUUUCCUUUAUUUUAAAAUUCAUAUUUUUAUUUUUAAGAAGACUACAACUAGUGAAAUUUAUGUAAUCUUAAGUUUUAAAAGGUUUUGUCUUGACUUGUUUUAAACAUAUCCUAAUAUUUCGCUUUUGAUAAGAAUAAAAAAGUUAUAUAAAAUAAUAAAAAUAAAUUAAAUUAUUUGCAUUUAUUAUAUUUUAAAUGAAGAUAUUAUCUUCUCAUAUCCAUGAGUUAACUUUUUUCUUGCUAUGUUAUAAAAUAUCGUAUUUGUAUUAUUAUUAUUUAUUAAAUAUUAUAUAUAUGACAAAUGUGAUAACUAUUAGAUAAGAAAUUGGAAAAUACAUAGAAUCGAACAAAUUACAAAAUAUACUAGAAUGUUUCCAAAAAGGUUGGCCAAUAGGCCACCGCGGAAUAACAAUCGGAAAGAUUAAUUAUGUGAUAUUCAAUAGUAACUGAAUAAUUUGCAUGAUUAAUAACUGUAAUACAUAACUGACACUCUGUUCAAUUGUAAUCUUUCGACCCUUUACACUGUAAAUUUGAUAAAUAAUAAUAAGAAACCUACAAAUAAUACUACAAAAUACAAUGUAAUGAGAAAUCACAAAAUAUCACACUUGGUGCCUACAACUUUGUUAAAAUCAAGGUCUAUGAUUUAACUAAUUUGAGUUGUAAAUGUUUCAUAUUAUAAAUAAUAAACAUAUUAUACUUAAACAUUA